AUGAAAGUUUCCAUUGAUGACGGAAAGUUAAGGAGAACUAGGCGGAGGGACAGACAGAUUCAAAUGGGGACAGAAUCCUGGUUUCAUUUUUCCCUUUUGGGGCUCCUGUUUAUCUCGUUCUUCCCACAAGGAAGUCAAGGAAUCAAGUGUCAGAGCGGCUGGUUCCAACAUGACAGAAAUUGCUACGGAUAUUUCCCAGAACGGCUAAAUUGGAACCAUGCAGAGAUAGAAUGUAUGUCUUACGGAAGAAACAGUCAUCUUGCAUCUAUCCUCCAUGACCGAGAAAUGGAUGCUGUGGCAGUUGGACUUAAAACCUUCUUUAAACUUAAUGGGCCUGUCUGGAUCGGACUGUACAACAUAGGGACUAAGCGUUGGAAAAAUUGGAGGUGGAUAGACAUGGCUGCAUUCGACUACCUGCCUUGGGGAUAUAGUGGAUACAACAGGUUGAAGGGCAAAGGGGACUGCGGAGCAAUGCCUCAUUGGAAUCUUCGGGCAUGGAAACUUAUGAACUGUCGAAUGGCUCAAGCCUAUCUCUGUAAAAUGACCAUGCUAUGA